UUGCAGCGCCCAGAAAUGGACCGAGCGGACCUGCGGCCGCACGCUCCUUGCCCCACUCGGUGCUGCUGAAGGCUCGCGGCGCGCGGCGCCGCGGAACGAGGUCCGUGCUGUGGUACGGAGAGUGCAGGUUACCCGAGAGCCAUGUAGAGCUAGGCUUGGAGCCGCCCGCCUCCCUCGGGACCGAAUCAAGGGCUCCCGUAGUGUUCGGAGGGGGCGAGAGUGCAGCUUAUCGCCAUUUGCUUGGGUGACUCGGGAGAAGGUGGCUUUUUUUUUUUUUUUUUUUUUUUUUUCCCACCCCGCAUCCUCCGGGACUCCCUGGCCCAGAGAGAGGACAGAGUCUCCAGGUUGCUUGCACCGUGUGAGGAUGGGGGUAGGGUACGGACGUUUCCCCGGCAGCUGCUCCAUGAAACGAUCGGACUCCUGAGAGGGGAAGAAGGCGAACCGCGAGGGGCCCGGAGCCUCUCGCGUGCCGCUGCGGUGGUGGCGGCUGCUCGCUCCGGCUGCUGCAAAGGCGACCUGCCGCAUUCAGACUCUCUCCGCCGACUCAGCACCGCCUCUGCGCCAAGCCGGCCCGCCAGCGUCCAUCGAUCGCCCUGGUGGGAGCUUAGAAGGCGGCAGGCGAAGAGGGGUAGGAGGGGGGAGAGCCAAGGAGCAGCAAAGUGGGUGACAGGCCUGGGGAUCUGCUGAGUUGGCACUGCACCGGGUCCUAGGAGGCUGCAGGAGGGGAGGGGAGCCGGGGCAAGCACCCGAAGCGAUGGCAGGUGUGCAUUAAGAUAAUCAGAGCAGGAAGAAAAACCCAUUCACCAACUCAAAAACAGUGCAUCCCCCCCCCCCCGCCCCAAAAGAAAAAAAUCAAACAAACCCAAGAGUAGCAAAAACAUUUCACCGGGGGCCCUCAGGGCUUUCCAAAUUGGGUAAAAGGCAGAGUGGAGGAGGGGAGGUGAUAACUAGCAAAGUUGUAGACCUCUGAACCUUCUGGCUCUGAAGCCCCUCCGUGUGAGCGUGGGGGAGACUCACUCUCCGGUGGGGGGGCCGCUUGGGUCCCCCCCACCCCUACUCCUUCGCUCCUUCACACCCCGGGCUCUCUCCUGGCCUCCUACCCCUGCACCCGGCUUCCAUCAUGACGGUGAUGUCGGGAGAGAAUGCGGACGAGGCUUCGGCCGCUCCAGGUCACCCCCAGGAUGGCAGCUACCCAAGGCAGGCGGACCACGACGACCACGAAUGCUGCGAACGCGUAGUGAUCAACAUCUCCGGGCUGCGCUUCGAGACGCAGCUCAAGACUCUGGCACAGUUCCCCAACACGCUGCUGGGCAACCCGAAGAAACGCAUGCGCUACUUUGACCCCUUGAGGAACGAGUACUUCUUUGACCGCAACCGGCCCAGCUUCGAUGCUAUCCUUUAUUAUUACCAGUCCGGGGGCCGCCUGCGCAGGCCGGUCAACGUGCCCCUGGAUAUGUUCUCCGAGGAGAUUAAAUUUUACGAGUUGGGCGAGGAGGCCAUGGAGAAGUUCCGGGAAGAUGAGGGCUUCAUCAAGGAAGAGGAGCGCCCCCUACCCGAGAAGGAGUACCAGCGCCAGGUGUGGCUGCUCUUUGAGUAUCCAGAGAGCUCAGGACCUGCCAGGGUUAUCGCCAUCGUGUCCGUCAUGGUCAUCCUCAUCUCCAUAGUCAUCUUUUGCCUGGAGACUCUCCCAGAGCUGAAGGAUGACAAGGACUUCACGGGCACCAUCCACCGCAUCGACAAUACCACAGUCAUCUAUACUUCCAACAUCUUCACAGACCCUUUCUUCAUUGUGGAAACUUUGUGUAUCAUCUGGUUCUCUUUUGAGCUGGUGGUGCGCUUCUUCGCCUGCCCCAGCAAGACAGACUUCUUUAAGAACAUCAUGAACUUCAUCGACAUUGUGGCCAUCAUUCCUUAUUUCAUUACCCUGGGCACGGAGAUAGCUGAGCAGGAGGGGAAUCAGAAGGGCGAGCAGGCCACUUCCCUGGCCAUCCUCAGGGUCAUCCGCUUGGUAAGGGUGUUCAGAAUCUUCAAACUCUCCCGCCACUCCAAGGGCCUUCAGAUCCUGGGCCAGACCCUCAAAGCUAGUAUGAGGGAGUUAGGGCUGCUGAUCUUUUUCCUCUUCAUUGGGGUCAUACUGUUUUCUAGCGCAGUGUACUUUGCGGAGGCGGAAGAAGCUGAGUCGCACUUCUCCAGUAUCCCCGAUGCUUUCUGGUGGGCGGUGGUGUCCAUGACCACUGUGGGAUACGGUGACAUGUACCCUGUGACAAUUGGAGGCAAGAUCGUGGGCUCCUUGUGUGCCAUCGCUGGUGUGCUGACAAUUGCCCUGCCCGUACCUGUCAUUGUGUCCAAUUUCAACUAUUUCUACCACCGAGAAACUGAGGGGGAAGAGCAGGCUCAGUUACUCCACGUUAGUUCUCCUAACUUAGCCUCUGACAGUGACCUCAGCCGCCGCAGCUCCUCUACUAUCAGCAAGUCUGAGUACAUGGAGAUCGAAGAGGACAUGAAUAACAGCAUAGCCCAUUACAGACAGGCUAAUAUCAGAACUGGUAACUGCACCGCAGCUGAUCAAAACUGCGUUAAUAAAAGCAAGCUCCUGACCGAUGUUUAAAAAGCAACAGGCAAGCAAACAAAAGCCCCCAACAAAACCCUUGGAGACUCCUGUCCCACUCUGUAGAUACCUUACUAAACAGUAGUCUUUGAAUGCUUUCUUUAACUGGCAAUGCAUUGUUGCAUUGUGAAUUUGGGGUGGGGGGUGGGGUGGCAAACCUGAGCUUUCAAGAUCCAUU